AUGGGGCAGAGAUCUUGCAUAAGAGAUCUUGCCACAUUGAUUGGUGUUUCAAAAUCAACUGUCCACAGAAUGGUGCAAAGGGGACUAAUUAGGCCACACACAAACCCAUUGCACCCUGGUUUAAAGGAUGUCAAUAAGUUAACCAGGUUACAAUGGAUUUUGAGGUUACUAAUGGGAGAUAGUCCUCUUACUAAGAGAAAAUAUUUCCCAAUGUAUGACUUUGUGCACUUGGAUGAGAAAUGGUUUUACCUUAGUAACAAAUCUCAAAGAGUGUACUUAGCCAGAGAUGAGGAGGGUCAGUACAGAGCAGCAAGCAGCAGCAAAUUCAUACCAAAAGUGAUGUUUACAGCAGUGGUGGGGAGGCCAAGAUACAAUGAAGAAGGCGAGUGCACUUUUGAUGGGAAAAUUGGCAUUUUCCCAUUCACUUACCAAGAGCCAGCAAAGAGGUCAUCAAAAAACAGAGCAAGAGGAACUAUGGUCACCAAAGUGGUGGAAUCAGUGAACCAGAGGGUCACUAGAACCAUGCUCAUAGAGCAAAUCAUACCAGCUAUCAUUGCAAAAUGGCCACAAGAUGAUGGUGGCCCCAAAACAAUAUACAUCCAGCAGGAUAAUGCCAAAGCACACAUAUCACAGGAAGAUCCACAAUGGCAAACAGUUUGUCAACAAAAUGGCUUCACUUUCAUUUUAAUCCAACAACCACCCAAUAGUCCAGACUUGAACAUCCUAGACCUUGGAUUUUUCAGAUCCAUUCAAUCACUCAUGCACAAGAAGAUGCCAAAGACCAUUGACAGUUUGUUAGAGGCUGUCAACCAAGCUUUUAAUGAGCUAGACCAUACCACAUUAAGUAAUGUUUGGUUAUCUCUUCAAUAUGUUAUGAAUGAGGUAUUGAAAGUUGGUGGAGGGAACAACUACAAUGUUCCUCAUGUAAACAAGAAAAAAUGGAGAGAAAUGGGAUGCUAG